AGGAGGAGGGAGCACGCGGAGGAGAUCUGACCGUAAUCUCGCUGCCAGCAGCGGGUGAAACGGGUCGAAGACACCGCUGAAUCCACGGAGCGAAUGUGUCCAAGAUCCAACCUAGAACUAAGUUCACCGAGGAGUAAAACCGUGGAGACAGCGGGUCCAACAGACUGGAGGAAGCUGUGGAGAAACAUCGGGUCUUUUUGAAGGAAUAAUCUCAGAUUACGAAGAGGAGCUGUCGAGUUGGAGAGAAAAUGAGUUCAGAUGUUCAACAGACUCCGCUGAUCAGAGGAGAUUCUACUGAGGAAUGGAGACCUGAUGUGGACCAGCAGGACCCAGAACACCUCCACGUCAAGGAGGAAGAGGAGGAACUCUGGACCGGAUUGGAGGGAGAGCAGCUUGUUGUGAAGGAGGAGACUGAUGCCAGCAGGUUUUCAUUCACUGCAGUUCCUCUGAAGAGUGAAGAUGAAGAGAAGCCACUGUUCUCACAGCUUCAUCAGCACCAAAGGGAGGACAGAGAUGUUCCAACCAGCAGCUCAGCUGACCAGAUGAAAAUAGAAGCUGAUGGAGAGGACUGUGGAGGAGCAGAAACCAGCAGGAACCCAGAUCUAAAUCCUCAUGGAGAUGCUUCCAGCUCUUCAGAGACUGAAGUCAGUGAGGAUGAUGAAGAGGACGAGGAUGGGAACAAUCCUGACUCUCAGAUAGAACACUUGUCAGACUCUGGGUCAACAACUGAAGACAGUGACAAAGACUGGAAGGAGAGCAGAGCUUCUGAGUCAGCUUCUGUCAACAAAUGUUUCAGCUGCUCUGAGUGUGGCAAACAAUUUCUCCACAACCAGUCUCUUCAGAGACACAUGACAUGUCAUUCAACAGUAAGACGUGCAAAGUGUUUGGGUCAGAAGAAAAGUGUAGAGAGACACAGGAAAAUCCAGACAAGACCAGAAUCAUUUAAUUGUGAUCAAUGUGGUAAAAGUUGUAACAGAAAAGAACAUUUAAAGAAACACGUGAGAGUCCACACAGGAGAGAGAGAGUUAAAAAGUGAGAUUUGUGGACAAAGCUGUAUUAAUAUUAAGUCAAGUUUAAACACACACAUGAGUGGCCACAUGGGAAUUGAACCAUAUAAAUGUGAGGUUUGUGGACGAAUAUUUAGCCAGAAGUUCAAUUUAGAAACACACAUGAGAGUACACACCAGACAGAAACCAUUUGCAUGUGAGCUUUGUGGACAAAGAUUUAGUCAUAAGUCAUGCUUAAGCUCACACAUGCAUCGCCACACAGGAGAGAAACCAUUUGCGUGUGAGCUUUGUGGGCACAGAUUUCGCCAGAAGUCCCAUUUAAAAACACAUAUGAAUCGCCACACGGGACAGAAACCAUUUGAAUGUGGGCAUUGUGGACAAAGAUUUAGUCGGAAAUCAUGUUUAAACUCGCACAUAAAUCUCCACACCGGACAGAAACCCUUUGAAUGUGAGCUUUGUGGACAAAAAUUUAGACAGAAGUCCCAUUUAAAAACACACACGAGAGUCCACACAGGACAGAAACCAUUUGAAUGUGAGCAUUGUGGACAAAGAUAUAGUCGGAAGUCAUGUUUAAACUCGCACAUGAAUCUCCACACUGGACAGAAACCCUUUCAAUGUGAGCUUUGUGAACAUAGGUUUAGCGAGAAGGCCUAUUUAAAAGCACACAUGGGAGUCCACACUGGACAGAAACUUUUUGAAUGUAAGCUUUGUGGAAAAAGAUUUAGUCGGAAGUCAUGUUUAAACUCACACAUGAAUCUCCACACAGGACAGAAACCCUUUGAAUGUGAGCUUUGUGGGCAAAAAUUUAGACAGAAGUCCCAUUUAAAAGCACACAUGCAUCGCCACACUGGACAGAAACCCUUUGAUUGUGAGCACUGUCGACAUAAAUUUCGCCACAAGUCCGAUUUAAAAAUGCACAUGAGAGUCCACACAGGACAGAAACCAUUUGAAUGUGAGCUUUGUGGACAAAGAUUUAGUAGGAAGUCAUGUUUAAAUUCGCACAUGAAUCUCCACACAGGACAGAAACCUUUUGAAUGUGAGCAUUGUGCACAAAAAUUUAGACAGAAGUCAACCUUAAUUACACACAUGAGAGUUCAUACUGGACAGAAACCCUUUGAAUGUGAGUUUUGUAGACGAAGAUUUAGCCACAAGUCUAGCUUAAACAGACACACAAUAAUCCACAGGAAACAAAGUGCGCCUCUGCAGUGACUAAGGUCACUAAUUUAGAUUUCAGUCUGCUCUAAAACACAUGACAACCCAGACGGGAAGGAAACUGAAUUUAACUGAAUUUUAGGUGUUUUCA